UGUUUUCCCUGAAGCUAGUGCAUUAGUCACGGUCCAUCAUCAUGUGCAUCUGAUUAAUAAUCAGAAAACUGGCCUCCAAUGAGGGGUGCAUGAAAUACAUUCAUAGAAUUUUUAUUGUUAACCUUCUCUCUUCCUUGCCGACCAAAAAAAAAAAAAAAACCUUCUCUCUUCCUUGAUUCUGAUGGGUUCUUUUUCCUCCAAGGAGCACAAAAGGAGUUACGAUGUAAUGGCUUCUUCUUCCUCCGAGGAGCCCAAAAGGAGUUGUGAUGUAAUGGCUUCUUCUUCCUCCAAGAAGUCCAGAAGGGGUUACGAUGUCUUCCUGAGUUUCAGAGGUCCAGAUGUCCGCAAUCACUUUCUCGGUCAUCUCUACGCAGCUCUAGAUCAAGUGGGUAUAUACACUUACAUCGACAACGAAGAGCUGAGGAAGGGAGAACAAAUAUCACCUGCACUUAUGAAAGCGAUCGAGGAAUCGCAAAUUGCAGUUGUGAUUUUCUCUGAGAACUACGCCUCUUCAACAUGGUGUUUGGAAGAGCUAACGAAGAUCAUGGAGUGCAAGGAGAAAAAAGGCCUCAUGGUCCUUCCGGUGUUUUACAAAGUAGAACCAAGAGAAGUGAGAGGGCAGAAACAGAGCUAUGGAAAAGCUAUGGGUGAGCAUGUGGUCAAGUUCGGGAAGAAUUCGGAGCAAGUAAAGAGAUGGAAGAAAGCUCUCUACGUCGCUGGCUGCUUGUCCGGGUGGCAUUUUACUGAUGGAUAUGAAGCGAGGCUUAUACAACAGAUCGUACAAGAGAUCUCAACUCAAUUGGAUCGAACAGCAUUAAAUGUAGCCAAGUAUCCGGUGGGGAUAGAUUCCCGAGUACAAGAGCUUAAAACAAUCUUAAAUCUACAAUCCAAAGAUGAUGUUCUUAUGGUGGGAUUAUGGGGACAAGGAGGUGUAGGGAAGACAACCCUUGCAAAAGCCAUUUAUAACGCUAUUUUUAGGGAGUUUCAAGGUGCUAGUUUCUUGGAACGCAUUCGAGAAAAUUCCAAAAGUUUCAAUGAUUUGGUUUCUUUGCAAGAAAAAUUGUUAUCGCAGGUGUUACUGGAGAAGAAAUUAACAGUCUACAAUGUUGGUGGAGGAAGUCAGUUAGUUAAAGAUAGGCUUUGUAGUAAGAAAGUUCUCAUCAUUCUAGAUGAUGUUGAUGAUGCAUGCCAAUUAAAUGCUUUAGCCGAAAAGUGUGAGUGGUUUGGUGAAGGAAGUAGGAUAAUUAUCACAACAAGAAAUAAGCAGCUGCUAACUUCUCAUGGGGUAGAUCGGGAUCAUAUAUAUGAAGUUAAAGCUCUUGAGGAGGGUAAAGCUCUUGAACUUUUAAGAAAGCAUGCUUUUCUAGGAAAUCAAGAAAUAGAAAUAAGAAACAAUCUUGUCUAUCAGGUUUUGCAUUAUGCAAGAGGCCUUCCUUUGGCUCUUGAGGUGUUGGGUGCUUUCUUGUGUGGUAGAGGAGAAGAUGAAUGGAAAAGUACCUUGCAAAAAAUUGCCAAAAGUCCUAAUAGAAAGAUCAAUGAUGUGUUAAAGGUAAGUUAUGAUGAAUUGGAAGAUGAUGCAAAGGAGAUUUUUUUGGACAUCGCCUGUUUCUUCAAGGGGAGGAGUAUGGAGUACAUUAAGAAAGUUCUUGAUAGUUGUGAUUUUCACACGACUAUUGGGAUACAAGUUCUCAUUGAGCGCUGCUUGAUUAGUGAAGAGGAAGAGAAAAUACAAAUGCAUGACUUGAUACAAUUAAUGGGUAUGGAUAUUGUUAAAGAAGAAUGUCGUGAUGAUCUUGGAAAAUGCAGUAGGUUAUGGCUUCGUGAUGAUGUUCUUGAAGUUCUAUCAGGAGAUAUGGAAACAAGUGCGAUAAAAGCCAUAGUCUUGCGGCUACCAAAGCCAGCAGAGAUGUAUAUUGGUCCUGAUGCUUUCACAAAGAUGAGAAAGUUGAGGUUGCUUAUCUUGCUUAAUGUAGAUAAUUCUGUUCAAGGUCCCAUUCAUCUCCCUAAUGAGUUAAGGUGGUUUGAAUGGCCUAAUUGUGGUUCCACCCUGGAAUUUAGCUAUGGUCCAAAGAAAUUAAUAGGACUUGAUAUGCGUAAUAGCAAGAUCAAGGUAGUGCCCAAACAAUUUGAGCACGAAACAAUUUUCUAA